AAUAAUUAAUAAUUUUAAUAUAAAAACAAAAAUACUUUUAAUAAAAAAUGAAAAAAACUCUUCUUAUAUUACUUGCCAUAUCUUUAAUUCACGCUUAAUCUAUUGAAAUUAAACCUGAAAUUAAAGAAAAAUAAAAAACUGAACAUCAAACUGUGCAAUACGAUAUAUAUACUGGGCAGUCAUUAAAAAUAUCUACCCCUGGUGGUUUUGAAUCUUUCCAUUUAACCUUAAACUCAGACGUCAGUGACAUAAACCAUCCUUUAUGUAAAGUCGUAGAACGAUAAAUAAAAUUCGAAAAUGUAACUUAUUUGAAUAUUUAUGAAGGAUAAUUCGAUAGUCACGGUUUAUUAAUGAAUGAAAUUCCUAUAACAAUUGGAUGGACAAGUAUUAAACCUAAUAUUAAAAAUACAAACAAAGGAAUUGCCUCUUUAGAUGAUAGUUUAGAUCUAUACAUAUUUAUGAUUGAUGAUAUACUAGAUAAAGAUUACUAUGGCUCCUAAUUAUUAGGACGUAUAAGUAUGAAAGAGUUAUAUCCUGAUUAUAAAAUGUUAGAAGAUGAAGUUUUCCUAGUUGAAGCCAGAGGAAUAAUAUUUAUGUUUUUCUAAAGCAAGCUAAUAAUGUACGACACCAUAAAAAAAACUAAAAACUUAGUUCCUGGUUAUAAAGGUGAUAAAGAAUUAAAAAAAGUCCUCGUUUAUUACUUCGGUUAAGUCACAAUGUUUUACAUUGCACAUGGUUUGGGUGGUUUUUCAGCUUACAAAAUGAACCACGCUCCCGGUUUGGAAAAUAUAAGUCUAGAAUUAUUAUUCGAUUCUGACGUAAAUAAUGAUAAAAAAAUGAACAUAGUCGACAUAAACAUGUAUGAGUACAAAAUGACACUAAAUAAAUAAGAAAUAUCUAUGAUGUCUAUAUAUGUUUUAGACUAUAAUUCAGGAUUACAUUUAUAUGAUUAAAAUUUCGCAGACGACAUUAUUGAACCUAAAGAUAUUUAAAAAAAAACCUCUGUUUUCAUCCCCUAUGAACAAGGUAUACUUUUCGGAAUGUGCAAAGAUGAAACUUUCCUUAUUGUUGGUUCUGAAUUUGGAAACAACGUUGCUACAGAAAUCGAGUUUGAUGAAUAAGCUAAUGAGUAUUUCAUAAAUAGAAAGCACGAAGUCGAAAAUGAAAUCUAAGAUAUACUUGUGGCUGAAAAUUACGCUAUUUUAUUAGGAUCAAAUACUCAUACUAUUAUAUGGCAUUCCGUAAAUUCUAAGAUUAUUUAAGAUAUGAGUCCUUUAUAUUCACAAUUUUCCCUAUAUGGGUAUAAUGGGGGAGUUUUCUUCGAAGGACCUUAUGAUGAAAGACUAGGUAAGUCAGUCGAUUUCUUCGCUGGGUUAUAAAGAAGGCAUCUUUUUGUAGUUAAAAUAAUCGAAUAGGACCCUUAUUUUGAAUGUGAUGCUAGUGAUUAAUAAAUAUAAGACUUAGUUGGAAAUCACAACUUACUUUUUGACGUAAAAUAUAACUGUCCGACAAUUGAAGAACCUAAUUCUAACUCUUACUGUAGCCAUACUUAAAAUUAAUUCUUAGUGUGAAAAAAGUAUAUGCUGAUAGUGAUAAUGUAGGUGUUAUUGUUGGUAUUUUUUUCGGAGUUUUGGGUACUAUUGCAAUAUUUGGAACUGUAUUAUUUUGUAUGUAUAAGAAUAAAAUAGCUUUAAAAAGUAGUCUUUAGAUUGAAAUUAAUAAUUUAUUGAACAAAAAAAAAGCUGAAAAUAAUCAAUAUUAAUAAUUAGAUAAAGAAUAGAAUUAUUAAUAAUAAUAAGGAGUUUUUGAAAGUGAUAAAAUAAAAAUGAAUAGGUUUGGAGGAUAAAACGCUAGUACUUAUCCAGAAAUUGAGAGAUAAAGUUUCCCUGAUUUCUAAUAACCGGAAGAUAAAAGAAACAGUAAUCUUAAAUUAGUUGGUAAAAUUGAAAAUUAGGGGGUUAAUAAAGAUUUUUAAAUUGAUAUUGAAAAAGAUAAUUAGUAUUAAAAUAAUGAUUAAGUAAUUAAUUUUAAUAAUAAUGAUGAUUGAUUGAUUCUUUAUAAUUUUUUUUUUAUUAAAAAAUUAAAUAUUAUAAGAUAUAAUAUAUUUAUAUUUUAUUUUAAGUAUUUUAUGAUAUAUUUUUUUAUAAAUUAUAUAUAUAUAUAUAUAAGUUUCUAUUGUAUAAUUUAUAAUAAUUUGUAUAAAUUUUAAUAGAAAAAAUAUAAUUUUUAUUAUAC